AUGGAAGCGUGUCUGCAGUGUCUAGUUAUUCUCAUCUCCAAAGGCUGGACUACAAAGAUUGACUUGAACUUGAGUGGUCAGCUUUUGAUCUUCUUGACGCUUACUUGCGAUACUUCUGGCAAGACUGUGCCUACAGGGCUUGCCACGGACGAGCUUCGCGCGAUUGGAUUUCGAUGCAUGCAAGCGCUCUUCCAGUCUCUGAGUGCCAACUCUGCAGGGAAAGCUUCUCUGGUUGGAACGGCAAAUGUACCUUCUUUGGGUCAUGCUGUCUCGGUGACUCUCGAAGGCAUCGUCACUGGAGAAUCUUUUCAGGUUCAACUAGCGGCAGCAGAUGCAUUAAAGGCACUUGUUACUUGCAUAGAUGAUAUGGAAGUGCUGUCUAGCUUUUUGCCUGGUGUCGUGUCAUCGUGGACCAAGACUCUCACACCCAACACCAAAGGUCGCCGGCAUUGGCGAGUUCUGAUUGCUGGCUUGCAAACAAUCGAAUCGCUCCUCAGGGCACUUCUCAGAGAUGAAUUAGUCGAUCGGCUAUUGUCUCCAGCAAAGGAUGCAGCACCUUCGAAUGAUACAAAAACUACAAAACUCGAUAGUAGUUGGGUCAAAGCGACGGCAGCACAGUUGAAAGUCGCGAUAGCAAACAUCAACAGACUACGCACACACGAACGCCCGGAAGUGCAAGCAGCCGUGCUUGAGUUCAACUUGACACUUCUCUCUGAGUGUAGCCAUGCACUAGCAGACUCCUGUGCUUUGGCAGCAGAGACCAUCUUACUGCUCAUGCAAGCAGAUUCGAAUGCUUCCUACAGAGACAAGAUUGCAGCUUUGGCACAGAACAACUCGUCGAUAUCAGACCUUCUGGCAACAGUAUUCCGCAACGAACAGCUCUCCUUGGUGCGAAUCAUGCAGUCAAACGACGACCAGGCAAAAGAACGAUCCCUCGGCAAGCUUUUCGGCGCCUACACGAUACUGGCUAGCACUGAGGUUGAUAUGUCGAUGAUUUCAAGAAUGCUCGCAAGCGGUCUCAAGGAUAGCGUGAUGACAACACUGCAACAUUCAGUCGACCGCAAUGCGAAGCAAUCUAGAGUCACGCCUAUCACCAUCUCUGACAUCUCGCCAAAGACGAGUCAAAAGUCGUUGACGUUUACUUCACCACUGGCGGAAUACAAGACUCAAGAAACAAUACUGAGAUACAUCAGUCAGAUGCUCAAGAAGUUGAAGAGCGCACGUUCAUCUCUGGGCCUUGCUUCAGAUCUCAUGCUAGCGCUGAGGACGUCGGAGAAGACCACCCAGGUUGCAACAUUCUGGCUUAUAUUACAAGAUCUCCAGAACAACAACGAUGAAGUCGACGGCUUCAUGAAUGAUAUGCUGAUCGGCGAUCUGUACUCCAAGGACCACUCUAUAUCAUUACGGGAACAGUUGUACUCAUUCUCCUUGGAGGUGCUGGAGAAUGACGAAUCUUCCGACUGGCGACUCAAGAGUCUGGCUCUUGAAGCCGUUGCUUUUCACGCGCAACGCUAUGGUGUCGAUUUCCGCGAUGAGCUGGUGGAAGCAUUGUACCCUAUUCUCCAUCACCUUGGCUCAGAGUCAGGAUAUGUUCGGAAUCAUGCAAUGACAUGUUUGAACAUCGUCGCGGACGCGUGUGGCUACACUGACGCGGGCGAGCUUAUCGUGUCCAAUGUUGAUUACCUCGUCAAUGCUGUGGCGUUGAAGCUCAAUGCCUUUGAUGUGUCGCCACAGGGACCCCAAGUUUUGCUCAUGAUGGUGCGGCUGGCUGGUCCGUCGUUGCUGCCUUAUUUGGAAGACACACUUGAAAGCAUCUUUGCUGCGUUGGAAGACUAUCAUGGCUAUACUACACUAGUUGAGCUUUUGUUCGCCGUUCUGCGCACCAUGGCAGAAGAGGGAGUAAAGUCUCCAUUGCUCGCCAUCACAAACGAACCAGAAACACCGAAACAGGAAUCCAGCAGAUGGAAACCCGCGCAUCUCACAGACCUUAUCCAAAUCAUCCAGAGUCUUUCACAGAAGCCCAUUGAUGCUUUGGAUCCGCCAACCAGCCUCCUCGACCCAGAAGACGACAACGCACCAUCCUCCCAACUCGAAGAUCCCGAGCCCUCAGAGUCGCACCCACCAGCCCCCAAAACCUACUCUUUGCUCCUGAAAAUCACACAAUUGACUCAGCAUUACCUCUCCUCUUCCUCGCCCUCAUUACGCACCUCACUCUUCUCUCUCCUCAACACCACCAUCCCUGCCCUCGCAAAACACGAAAACUCGUUUUUGCCCCUCGUAAACACGCUAUGGCCUGAGGUAACUUCGCGUCUCUUCGACACGGAAGCAUUUAUCGUCAGUGGUUCUCUUACCAUCAUCGCUACAAUGUGCGAGCACGCAGGUACCUUUAUGCGGACCCGCAUCGAGUCUUUGUGGCCUGGAUUGCUGUCUCUACACCGCAAACUCGUUCUGGAAAUCAAUGCCUCGGCGCCAAAAUCACAUCAACACCAUGCAAAUCUUGCAAUCAGCACAAAACAAGCAUACAUAGAUACUUCUACCAAGACACUGGCGCAAAGUUUGCAAGCUUUGCUGCUUGCCAUUGUCAAGUUUGUCGAGGUGGAUGCAGAAAGGUUUGACGAUGUGUUGAGGAUACUGGGGCCUGUUUCUCAAUUGCCAGAUGAUGCAAAGAAGGUGCUGGAAGUAUUUAAUAGCGAUGCGGUGUGGUUGGCUGAGUAUAAGGAUAAGCCGUGGCCACUCAAGACACCUGUGUCGAGAUUUGCGUUUGCGAAAGCGUAG